UGUGUUUUUUCAUGGAUGCUAGUUACCUUUUGUCAUUAUCUAUUCUCUUACAAGUUUACAAUAUUUAUUAACAAAAUCUUAAACAUUGUAUUUUUUUACUUAUCUUGUUGUUCAUUUAUAUACAUCGCAAGCAUGUUACGGCAAAAACCACUAUAAACAAAGUGUCUUGACAAAUUUUACCACUACUUAUGAUUAUAUUCGCAUACUUUACUCUUUGAUUCUUCCAUUUCCUUCCACGAUAUGAUUCAUAUAUAAUAAAGCAACCUUUAUGCGUUAACUUGCCUUUUUUUUUUACCGUUUCAAAUGCAUCCCCUUCAUAUAUACAGCUAAAUUUUAGUUAGUUUUAUCAAAGUCUGUACAAUGUUUUUAAGGUCGGAUAGUUCACAACAACAACCACACCUGAACAAAGAUAAUAGCUUCGAUCAUCAUCAAUAUGAAACACGUUCAAGCAACAUGGAUUCCACAAGCUCUUCACCAUCAGAUAACACCGGUUGCACCUCACCGUAUUCCAAAUCCCCUUGGUCAGCCCAUAUGGCGUUGUCAACCCCCUUGUUCGAAGAUGGUGUAUCAAAUAAUGGAGGUGCUUACAAUUGUUUGAUGGGUUCUUUAAUACGAGAAGAAGGACAUAUUUAUUCCUUGGCAACAUCAGGAGAUUUAUUAUAUACAGGAACUGAUAGUAAGAACAUACGUGUUUGGAGAAACCAAAGAGAAUAUUCCGGGUUCAAAUCAAAUAGUGGUCUUGUCAAAUCAAUUGUAAUAUCAGAAGAUAAGAUAUUUACCGGCCACCAAGAUGGAAAAAUUCGAGUUUGGAAAAUGUCUUCCAAAAACCCAAGUGUCCACAAAAGGGUUGGAACGUUACCAACAUUUAAGUCAUGCAUGAAAAAGUCUUUCAAACCAAGUAAUUAUAUAGAGAUGGGAAGACAUCGUAAUGCAUUAUGGAUACGACAUUAUGAUGCCAUAUCAUCACUUAGCUUAAGUGAAGACCGCAACUAUUUAUACUCUGCUUCAUGGGACAAGACUGUCAAAGUGUGGCGUACAUCAAACUUCAAGUGUUUAGAAUCUAUUCCGGCUCAUGAUGAUGCUGUAAAUGCGGUUGUUUCUGGGUUUGGCGGGCUUGUCUUUACAGGAUCGGCUGAUGGUACAAUUAAAGUUUGGCGCCGUGAGGUGCAAGGAAAGGGAACUAAGCAUUUUUUUUCACAAUCUUUGUUAAAACAAGAAUGUGCUGUAACAGCUUUAGCGAUUAAUCCAACAUCCACAAUUUUAUAUUGUGGUUCAUCGAAUGGUCAAGUGAACUAUUGGGAAAAACAAAACUUUGAUUUCCCAUGUGGUACCCUGAAUGGGCAUAAGCUUGCAGUGUUAUGCUUAGCUACUGCAGGGAGCAUGGUAUUUAGUGGAUCUGCGGAUAUGAAUAUUUGCGUAUGGAGAAGGGUUACUAACGAUGACAUGAAUAUUGAUGAUCAUAUUUGCCUAUCAGUUUUAACGGGGCAUAAUGGCCCAGUUAAGUGCCUAGCAGUUGUGGCGAGUGGAGAAACAACAUCAAUAUUUGAUUCAAGGUGGGUUUUAUAUAGUGGAAGUUUGGAUAAGUCAAUUAAGAUUUGGAGAAUAUCAGAAGAUGUCCCAAGUCAAGUUGUCUCCUACUCUAGGAACAACACCCGACAAAAUGAUCUAUCAUUUACUUUUCGAUGAUGGGUGAAAAAGAUAUGAAACAAAAAUUUUCAUCCUUUUAACUAUGCGUAAAACGCAUGUAUAUACUAUCUCUUUGAUGUGAUUUUUGUGUCUCUCUUUAAUAGUUUAUGAACUAUACUAGCAUUUGGUGUACCAUAAGUUGACUUAGCAUCAAAUGAAAAUUUUGUGAUAAUUUGAUUUUUCAGUCCAUUACUCAUUUAACUGUUAUAUUGGAAAUUAGAUAUUGGAUAAGUGCAUAUAAAAUAUGAUGAAUGUUUUGUCUAAGUUAUUAUUGGUAUGAGUAUUAAAAAGUAUUAUUGGUUUCAAUUA